CACACGCUCGAGCUCGGCACGCGCGCAAAACUUCACGAGAUCGCGUCCCCUACGGGCCAUCAAACACAAGUUUAACACGAGAAGGUCACAUUCCGGAAAUCGCUCUCUCACGAAACUUCGUCUUCCUCACAUAAUCGCCAACCAUGGCGAACACCCCCAACACGCCCCUCGUCGGCCAAUUCCUCGUCGCCAUCAACGGCUUCAUCCUCGCACAGAACACGCAGGAAAUCCGCAACUAUCUGCAACUCGAGCCGCCGUUCAGCGGGCAAUAUGCGUCGAUGAUCUCGGAAUUGCGCAGGGCGUAUCCUCGCGGCGGGAACGACGAGGCUUUGGAGCAGAAGUGCUCGGCGGCAAUGUCGGCCGCGCGAGAGGGGGUUGACGGGAGCCCGAGUUGGACGCCACUUAUUCGUUUCCUGGCGCAGUACCUUGGCUACCUGCGAGAUGUGGACGGUGAUCCAAGCAAGUAUUUGGAGACGUAUCAGCUGUUGAGUGAACUACGUGCGAAUUCGGCUCUGGUGCAUCCUACUCUGGGUCAUUUGAUUCUACCCGUGGUCAUCUCCUGUGCUAAAGCCAUUUGUCGGCUGGCAAUCGGUUUGGAUAAGAAUCCCGAGUUGCUAGCCACUCUUGGUGGCCCGACGAGCUCCGAACCAGAGGGACCUCGUGAGUCGCUCCCUGAACGCGCCGUCAAUCUGCUCCGAAACGCUUUCACCACCUGCUUGAACGACCGGACGUCUGGAUUGGACAAGGCUGGUGUGCCGCAAGGGAAGAAGCGCGGCAUCUACACUAUUGCCAAUAUCUGUCUCAAAGCUCUGUUCCAAAGCCAAAAGACUCGCAAUGCGAAAGAGAUCUUUGAGAGCAUUGGUAGUCUCUCGCCGCCCUUAUCCGCAUAUCCCAAAAGCGAACGUGUGACCUACCUCUACUAUCUUGGCCGCUUCUUGUUUCAAAACAGCCAUUUCUAUCGCGCAGCCGAAGCUUUACAACAAGCCUACGAUGAAUCUCCAACCACCGAUGCCUGUGUUCGCCAGCGCCGACUCAUACUUAUCUUUCUCAUAAGCAGCAAUCUCAUCCUCGGCCGCUUUCCCUCGAUGACCCUACUCCAGAGACCCGAAGCCAAUGGUCUCCAGGACCGGUUCAUGCCUCUCAUGCUCGCCAUACGCCGUGGUGACCUACCUGCUUUCCGCCGCCAUCUCGAUUACAAGUCCCCGCAUGCAUCAUGGUUCUUACAUUUCCGCAUUCUGCUCCAGCUGCGAAACCGCUGCCUCGUCCUCAUCUGGCGCUCGCUCGUGCGGAAAACCUGGCUUUUGAAUGGCACGCGACCAGCACUCCGUCCACCGGCACCCGGAAAGGCCGCGCCAGCCCCGCAAGUAGACCUCCACGACCUCGUGCAAAUCUUCACCUACCUCGACAAAAACUCCGCAUCAUCCAACACGAUCGAUCGCGACUUCACCGGGGUCGAGUUCGACUCCUCUUCUCCGACGACCAGCACGACCCCACCCCUCGACAUCCGCGCCAUCGAAUCCAAACUUGGCUCGCUCAUCGCCCAAGGCCUCCUGCACGGCUACAUCGCACACACGUCCGCACGCCUCGUCAUCCUCGGCGCGAAGGAGGCCACGUCAGACGCGGACAUUCUCGACGCGGGAUUCCCCCGUCCCUGGGCCGUGGUGAACCGGACGGUGAGCAGGACGCCCGCGCACGCGCUCGUGCCUGGAUGGAAGAAGGACGUCCCGGCAUCCAAGGGUUUUGGUGGAAAGACCGGCGGAGCGGGACCGGGGAUGGUGAUCAAUUUGAGUGGCGCGAGGGCGGUAGGCGCGAGUUGAAAGAAAGCGACCGGGCUCGCAAUGGUGGAUGGGGCGAACCUUGUAUGUUCUUGAGAAGUAGAUCUGUGGAUCAUGACCUGUGUGCAGGAAGCAUACCUUCAACUCGUCACAUCCCUUCACCUUCAGCACGACAAGGCUGUGAUAUUUGGCGCGAAGCCGACAUGUCAAUUCACACAGGCCUUGUUCCCACAUGGCGAAAGCACGCGAAUAGAGGAGAUCAUGUAUUUGGACGUUUUCAGAAAACGGACGUCAAAUCGCACCAAUUUUAGGGGCCGCAAAGCAUCAAAUCUAAGGAUCGUCGUGCAUCAA